CAGAGCACAAUCGCUGUUCAAACCGAUUGAACGCACUGCGGCUUGUUUACAAUACAAAACGACCACGGGACCACGACUCUGAAGACGUUUCGUGGGUUUCAUGGUUGGUUUCGUGCACAGUGGUCUCGCGUGGUUACAGUUACGGCGCUUCAACUUCAGAUUAACGCCGUGACAGCUCCGCCUUGCGAUGGUCGAAACGUGUCUCGAGCAAUGCAGUAAAUUAUUGAGCAGCCUUCGAGAUGCCGGCGUGUUACAGUCCUUCAAGCUCGAAUACGACGUUGCGGAACACGUAGUAGGUCCGCCGAAGGCCGCCUCUGUCCAGACGGCCAUACACGAUUUCAUCAAGUGUUUAGAAGACUACAAGAACAAGCUGUCAAAUGUCGAAGUGCGUGCCGCUGUUGACCCCAAGAUCGUGCAGAUCCAAGUAAAUCGAAAAGUGAUCGACGAUAGGAUCGAUGCUUUCAUAACGAGAAAAAGGAAAGAGGUUGACGACUGGAAUGUACAGGAAUUCUGCAGUUCCAAGGCUUCCGAAAUCGACAACGAGACAGAGUAUGGUUGUGCUAGGGUUGACGCAGUCUUUGUUCCAAGGUCUGGAGGCUGUAGUCACGUCAAAGUUUCAAGGGUUGUGAACCAGUGGGGGCCCAUGACAAAGCUCAUGAGGCCGGCCCACAACCCCCACGGGCCGACGGGGUCCAAGGAGGAAGAACCCGCCGCCAGAAUACCCGAGGGCAUCGAGGAGCGACUGCGAAACAUGGAAUCUCACCUGAAACUCAAAUCUGGCUGCUCGGUUCCCCAGGACGUGUACGUGAGAAUAAAACAACUGGAGGACAGGAUCCUUUACCUGGAAGGCAUUUCACCAGACUACUUCAUGAGCAGCAGUACUCAAGGGGCCGGUGCCGCAGAGCCAAGACGUGCAUCGGGAGAUACCUCGAGGCACUAUGACGACUGGAGCAUGUCUGAAAUAGAGAACAGGAUCAGCUUACUGCAGACUCGACUCAGGGAAAAAGUGCAAGACGCUUCUGAGCCGUCGACGUCAUCAAUGGCCCUCUAGCUCCGUCAAGGGCUACAGAAAUGUACAGAAGCCAUCAUCAUGCCAUUACUUCAACUACUGAAAAGACAAUGCAGUAAACUAUGUACGGUGAUC